AAACCCGCCCGAAAGGCUGGCAGUUUUAAAUGCCCCCCCCAUCUCUUCAUCCCCUGCCGUCAGUUACAGUGACGGAGCAGAAAACGCUGUCGUUUUAAUAUCUUCACAGACAUCGCCUCAACGCUGCAAUGGCGAAACGCUGGUGAUUUUCUGAGUCGCACACUCUCUCUGUGUGCUUUCUGGCAUAUACAGUGGCGGACCAAAACACUGGUUUUGAAAUCUUCACAGACCUCGACUCAGCCCUGCAAUGGCGAAAUGCUGGUGAUUUUGGAGGGAAAUCGGGGUAGAGGAGCUAUCAUGAUGGAUUACAUUUCGGUUACUGUUGUCAAAGUAUGAAUCAUGAUGAUGUUGCUAUUGCUGUUGUUGCGACCUUUUUCAUUGUCUAGGUUUUUCUUCAUUUUUGAUGUUCUGAACUUUGAAGCUUCAAUCAACGUUUUCAAUUAGCUGUUUCGGUGAAUUGUUGGUGUGUGGAGGCGGAGUUGCUCGAAGUUUAGCGAUUUUUGGGUGGAAAAGAGUGUGCUGUGGUCAGAUCUGGAAAGCGAGCUGAAAUUUUAGAUGAGGGCGGGAAGAAACUUGGAAAUAGCAGCUUGUUCUUUAGCUUAACUCGUUGGAUUUUCAGGCUAAGUGUGAAGACAUGAAAACUCUAUACAUUUUCUCUGGGAUUUUCUUGCUGGGUUUGAUAUUCUCUCUAGGGAAUGCAGAUCCUGUUGAUGAUAAGCAAGCCUUACUUGAAUUUGUGAGCCAUCUUCCUCACCUGCACCCUAUCAAUUGGGAUAAAGACUCUCCUGUGUGUAAUAACUGGACUGGAGUGACUUGUAGUGAUGAUAAGUCCCAAGUUAUAAGUGUUCGGUUGCCUGGAGUUGGAUUUCAGGGUGCAAUUCCACCCAACACUCUUAGUCGCCUCUCAGCACUGCAGAUAUUGAGUCUUAGAUCCAAUCGAAUAUCCGGGUUCUUCCCUUCUGAUUUUGUCAACCUCAAAAAUUUAACUUUUUUAUAUCUUCAAUAUAAUGACUUUGUUGGGUCAUUGCCAUCUGAUUUCUCAGUUUGGAAGAAUCUUACCAUUAUUAAUUUAUCCAACAACCGCUUCAAUGGUAGUAUUCCCAAUUCAAUAUCCAAUCUGACUAGCCUUCAGGCUUUGAAUCUUGCUACCAAUUCACUUUCUGGUGAAAUUCCUGAUCUUCAAUUAUCCAGUUUGCAGCAACUAAAUUUAUCCCACAAUAAUCUCAGUGGCAGCAUGCCUAAAUCACUUCUGAGGUUUCCGCCAUCGGUUUUCAGCGGUAACAACAUUACUUUUGAAACCUCUCCCCUUCCUCCUGCUCUUUCACCCUCCUUUCCCCCUUAUCCAAAACCUAGGAAUUCUAGAAAGAUUGGGGAGAUGGCAUUACUGGGAAUCAUUGUUGCUGCUUGUGCUCUGGGGCUUGUGGCUUUUGCUUUCCUGCUGAUAGUUUGUUGCUCAAAAAGAAAAGGAGGUGAUGGGUUUUCAGGGAAGUUGCAAAAGGGUGGAAUGUCACCAGAGAAAGGAAUUCCAGGGAGUCAAGAUGCGAAUAAUAGACUGAUUUUCUUUGACGGCUGUAACUUUGUAUUUGAUUUAGAGGAUUUAUUGAGGGCUUCUGCUGAGGUAUUGGGAAAGGGUACAUUCGGCACAACUUAUAAGGCAAUUCUUGAGGAUGCUACCACAGUUGUGGUCAAGAGGUUGAAGGAGGUUAGUGUUGGGAAGCGGGAGUUUGAGCAACAGAUGGAGGUUGUUGGGAAUAUUAGGCAUGAGAAUGUGGUUGAACUAAGGGCAUAUUACCAUUCCAAGGAUGAGAAGUUAAUGGUGUAUGAUUAUUACAGUUUGGGGAGUGUUUCUACAAUAUUACAUGGUAAAAGAGGAGGCGAUAGGAUGCCUUUAGAUUGGGAUACAAGAUUGAGGAUAGCCCUAGGUGCAGCAAGAGGAAUUGCUCGUAUCCAUGCAGAGAAUGGUGGGAAGUUUGUCCAUGGCAACAUAAAGUCCUCAAACAUCUUCCUCAAUGCUCGAGGAUAUGGGUGUGUCUCAGAUCUUGGUCUAACAACAGUAAUGAGCCCACUUGCUCCACCAAUCUCCCGUGCUGCUGGUUACCGAGCCCCAGAAGUGACUGAUACCCGGAAAGCUUCACAAUCUUCUGAUGUCUACAGUUUUGGAGUAGUGCUGCUGGAACUCCUCACUGGCAAGUCCCCUAUCCAUGCCACCGGCGGUGAUGAGGUUAUCCACUUGGUCAGGUGGGUUCAUUCUGUAGUUCGAGAAGAGUGGACAGCAGAAGUCUUUGAUGUAGAGCUGAUGAGGUAUCCAAACAUAGAGGAAGAGAUGGUUGAGAUGUUACAAAUAGCAAUGGGGUGUGUGAUUCGGAUGCCAGACCAAAGACCUAAAAUGCCAGAUGUAGUGAGACUAAUAGAAAAUGUCCGGCAUACUGAUACUGACAAUCGGUCAUCUUUCGAAACCCGGUCUGAAGGCUCAACACCAUUGCCAACCACGGUUGGAACAUAUUCCUCUCCCUCACAGUGAGCAAGCCAUUGACACCCCUCUAUUUUCAUCUUUUUAAAGUUGAUUUAUUGUGUAUUUUUCAUCUCAACUCAUCAUGAAAUGUUGUUUUCUCCCUGUCAAUGAACAAAUUCCAGUGAGUUUUAUCAAAACUGAUCCCAGUAACCUUAGUCUCUCGCUUGAGGUUAUUACCAACUUAUCAGCACAUCAGGCCGAAGAUCAUGUAAUCUUCCUGGUCUUGUUUCUGUAUUUUUCAUGUUUAACUUCAUGCACAUAACCCGAUCUCCAAUUUGGUUCUCUCUUAUUCUUCAUCUCCGUUUGAGCA